GAAUAUGUGGAGCGUUGUUUGUUUUUCUACUGACAACACAGUAGCUGCUGUUCCAAAAUUCUGGAUUCGCAGCUCUGUUUGUGCUUGGCCGAAAAAGUAUGCCCCAAAACUAAUUGAACGCCGUGCAAAUCCAAAUCAGUUAGAAUUUGAUUACUACAAGUGUAAGAUUUUGGAAUCGAAUAUAGGCAGUUUGUUGGAAGCUCGGUCCUUGGCCCAAGAGCAUUCUGGACCAUCAUCGAAUGAAGAUUUUAAUAUUAACACAAAAAGAACUAAAAAACCUGUAACUUACAAGAAAAAUGAAUUAUUUAACAUUCCAAGUCCUCCAGCCCAUAAUUUAGAAGGUAAUAUUAGUCAAAUUUAUGACAAAAGAUUUACAUAA